GUACCUUGCUGUUAUCUAUGCAUAGGAGAAUCAUCUAGUUGGGGUGGAGCAUAGGCGUGGUUUUAAUCAUAGAUAUUAAAAAUGGCCAGAAAUCAGGAAAAAGCAAUGCUCUUAUUGAACAGAUAUUGGUCAGCCAAAAAAGAUGAGGGAAAAAUUCGGGAGCGUCGACCUUAUUUAGCUAGUGAAUGUGAUAGUCUGGAAAAGGCUGAAAAAUUUCGUUUCAAUAUAAUAGGAGAAAUAUCAAGAAAAGUGACACAAAUACAGAACCCUGGUCUAGGUGAAUUCAGGAUAAGAGAUCUAAAUGAUGAAAUAAACAAGCUUAUAAGAGAAAAGAGACAUUGGGAGGAACGCAUAUUGGAGUUAGGUGGACCUGAUUAUAAUAGGCAUGGUCCAAAGAUGAUCGACCAUGAAGGCAAAGAGGUGCCUGGCAACCGUGGCUACAAGUACUUUGGUGCUGCUCGUGACUUACCUGGUGUGAGGGAGCUCUUUGAAAAGAAACCUGCAAAGCCAGCUCGUCUAACACGUGGUGAUCUUGCUCGUCGUGUUAAUGCUGAUUAUUAUGGUUACCGGGAUGAAGAUGAUGGUGUAAUUGUAGCAUUGGAAGAGGAAGAAGAAAAGAAAGCUAUUCAAAAAGUCAAAUCACAGUGGGAAAGCCAAGAGAAAGUUCAGGCUAUUAUUGAAGAUGAGAUUGAUAUAUAUGCUCAGUCUGAGACUAUUGUUCCUUCAGAUGAAGAGGGAAUAGAUGUUGAAUGGGAAGAAGGAGAUGAGAAUGAUUCUGUACCGUCGCAACAAGAAAUUGAAGAAAUGCUUGUCCGUCGAAGGAAGAAGGAACUCUUAGAGAAAUAUACCAGUGAAAUGCUAGUGCAACAGAGCGAAACAUCAAAGGCAUUGUUAGGACUAACAUAAAAAUGAACUACAUCUGAGGAUUUUAUGUAACUUGUAAUUAUAAAUUUUUUGAUGAUAGUCAGAGAUAAAGUUACAUCAUAA